CUUCUUGGUUCUCUUGUGGGUGAUAUUUUUUAGGCUAAAAUGAGCAAGACAUUUGCAGCUCCUUACUCAAGCACAACCUUACUAUGUUUCAUGGCUAGCAUUCAAUGUGGAGUCAUUGGAAUAUGCGUCGAGCACAAUAUCUCAAGAUGGCCUUUAAAGUCUCACAUUAGACUCAUCACAGCUUUAUGCUCUGGAGCUAUGGGAUCACUAGCGAUUUGCAUCAUGUCAUGGUGUAUAGAGAAGAGAGGUCCUCUUUAUGUUUCCAUGUUCAACCCACUAGUGCUCGUCAUUGUAGCUGUAAUGGGUUGGGAAAUACUCAAUGAGAAAUUAUAUAUGGGAAGUGCUUUGGGGUCAGCAUUGAUAGUGGUGGGACUCUACGUUGUUCUAUGGGGCAAGGAGAAAGAGAUGGAUCAGAUAAGCAUAGACAAUGGGUUGAGAUAAGGGGAGGAGCAUUACAAGAAAGGAGAUAUGGAAUUACCUGUGUAUUCAAAUGGCAAUCUUUGAAAUGCAGGUUAAAUUGCAGAUAGAUCAGAUGACACUCCAUUGAUUGCUCCUGGGGUUAAUGUGGGAGAAGAAAUGAAGACUAUAAGAGUAUAGAGAGAGUUUCCC